AGGCAGCAGCAACAGCCGCAGAUCGCAGCGCCAUGGCGGCCGUCCGCAGCUUACAGGUGUCGGUGAAACCAGACAGCGGCUCGGACCGCUCCGAGUCGGAAUCUGACUCCGAGUCGGACCGGGAUGCCCGCGGAGCCGAGCCGAUGGAGGUGGAGGAGGGCGAGCUGGAGGACGUCUCCGUUAACCGGUCCCUGCAGGAGCUGCUGCCGGACACGAGCCGGCGAUACGAGAACAAAGCUGGAGCGUUCAUCACAGGGAUCGAUGUCAACUCAAAGGAGGCGAUCGAGAAGAAAGAGAAGCGAGCGAGACGUUUCCAUUUCCACAGCGAGGUGAGCGUGGAUCAGAGGAACGUGUUUCUGGAUAAAGACAGCAUGAGGAAAGCUAUCCCCAAACUGCGCAUGCAGGCGAUUCACAUGGCAGGCGUGGACGACAUGAGCACCCAGGAUGUGUUCGGCUAUUUUAAGGAAUAUCCUCCAGCUCACAUCGAGUGGAUCGAUGACACAUCCUGUAACGUGGUUUGGCUGGACGACGACACAUCCAUCCGAGCCCUUAUCAACAUCAGCCGGAUGCCGGACCCGGAGGCGGUUACCACGGAGACGGAGAGUAGCAGCCAGCCGGACGAGCAGAGCAAAGGUCGGCGAGGGCGAGGAUCGGACGACGAAGACGAGGAGGAGGAGGAGGGCGAGGUGGACGAGGGAGAGGAGGCGGCGGUGAAGAAGAGCGGCGAGGAGAUCGAAGGGAAGGACAGCGACGGAGAGACGGAGCAUAAGACGAAAGCAGAGAGCGGUCAGGUGGAAGACCUGUCGAGUGCAGAGGUUGAAUCUCUGCUGAGAAACGACCUGCGACCGGCCACCAAACCGUUUAAAGGAAACAAACUGUUCCUGCGCUUCGCUACGCAUGAUGAUAAGAAGGAGCUGGGAGCCGCUCGUCGCAGCAGAUACUACAUGAAAUACGGAAACCCGAACUAUGGAGGCAUGAAGGGCAUCCUCAGUAACUCCUGGAAGAGGAGAUAUCACAACCGCAGGAUCCAGAGAGACGUUAUCAAGACCAAGAAACCUCUGAUAGGAGACAGCAUGGGACACACACCACCAUACACACACCGACACUCAGCUGACCUGGUCAACCUCCCCGAGGAGCCGAUCAAGGAGGAGGAGGAAGAGGAGGAGGAGGAGGACGGCGACGAGGACAUGGAGGAGGACGACCGAGUGGUGGAGUACAAGGAGCGAGGCGACAGGGGCGGGGCCUCGCGGGCGCUGGGGGCGGGGCUACGCAGCCGGGCCUCACGCUCGCCGUCUCCGUGGUCGGAGUCAGACGAGAUGGACUACGACCUGGAGCUGAAGAUGAUCUCAACGCCGUCGCCCAAGAAGAGCAAGAAGAUGACGAUGUACGCAGACGAGGUGGACGGACACCUGAAGAACAUCCGGAACAGGGUCGGGGGUUCGGGCUCCAGCAGCAGAGUUAAAUCUUCGUCUCCGUCCAAAGUGACGGACGUUCGUCAGCUGCUGGAGGAGAAGCGUCAGGGUCAGUCCCAGCAGAGACAGCCCCCCCCGGUGGCCGUCCAGGGGAAGAUGGACGUCCGGCAGCGGCUGGGGAAGAGACGCUACUCCUCCCCCGACAGGAGGCGCUCCCCCUCACCCCCCACCUCCCCCAGAGAGACACCGCCACCCAGAGAGCCAAUCAGAGACGUGCACCGCAGGCUGGGCGUGCCCAAUCAGGAGAGCCGAGGAACUUACGCCAACUCAUCCAAAGACAGGAAGACGAGCGCUCUGUGGAGCAGACUGGGCUCGGCUGAAGGCGACGGAGCCGCCGGGCGUCACGAGCGCAGAGCGAGCAGCCGCUCGUCGGGUCUGUUCUCGUCGUCUGACGGCGGCGGCAGUAAGAGCGGAGGGAGGAGACGAGGAGGAGACAAGAAGGAGGGAGCGGGGGAGGAGGAAGACGAGGACGUGGAGGAAGACGACUCGACGCUGCAGAAGAUGUGGGGCGCCAUGAUCAAACAGAAACAGGAGCGCGUCACGCACAAGAUGAAGAAGAGCCGGCUGGACAACCUGCCGUCACUGCAGAUCGAGAUCAGCCGAGACAGCAGCGACGAGUCGGACGCCUGAGAGGAGGAAGAGGAGGAAGAGGAGGAGAGACUCACUGACAGGAAGCUGAUCUCAUUGGUUGUCUUUAGGUUUCUGCAGGUGAUGACGGAUCGGUGAGCGAGGCGAGAAGCUUCAGGCUGCAGAGUCUCUGAUCAAACCUGCAGGAUGAUCUUCAUGCUGGGACACA